AUGCACAACAAUAGAUCAAUAAGACCAGGUUCAGCUAUGGGGAUGUCUCUAGCUUCACUAGGCACCCCUAGCAAACCACCGCAAUUAUCCGAUUUCAAACGCCCACCAUCAAGAUACCACCAACUGAAUUCACCAUCUCAGCCAAGAGUACGUCCUGGUUCUGCUAUGGGAAGACUAGGAAGUUCUUCCUCAUCAUGCAGCACUAUCAGCAGCAGCAGCAGCAGUAUAAGUAGACCCUCAACCCCUACGUAUAGAGUAGAACCAUACACUGGUACAAUUAACGUUUCCAUCAGGCCCAAUCCUCAAACUGUUAACCAAAAUCAACUGAAAACUUGGGAAAUUGACCCUCAUACUAAUACUAUAUCUAAUUUAAUAGAUGGGUCUAGUUUCCCCUUUGACAAUGUAUUUGAGGCCGAUCCUAAUGUUUCAAAUCGACAAGUUUACCAGCGUGCUUGUUCAGAUCUUGUUCAGAAAUUCGUUAGUGAUGGAUAUAAUGCAACUGUUUUUGCUUAUGGUAUGACUGGUUCCGGUAAGACCUUUUCCAUCAAAGGUGUUGAAAGCGACCCCGGGUUUGUGGAAUUGGCCAUUAAUGAUAUCUUUGCCAAGAUCGAAGAAAAUAAAUUGACAGCAUACAAUAUCAACAUAUCAUAUCUUGAGAUAUACAAUGAGAAAAUCAUCGACUUAUUGUCUACCAGUCCUGCAAGUACCGAUUUGAAAAUACGAGAUGAUCCCGAGUUUGGGACUAAAGUUAUUGGGUUAUCUUCACCCAUAAUAACAUCCAAAGACCAGUUGUUACAGUUGAUCAAGAAGGGAGAUAUCAAUAGGAAAACCAGUGCCACUGAUUUCAACUCGCACUCCUCUCGUUCCCAUUCAAUCUUACAAAUAAAGUUAACUGUGACUGAUUUGGUGAAGAAUACCGAAACUAAAACAACCCUUUCCUUGUGUGACUUAGCCGGGUCAGAACGAGCAGCUUCCAGUCUUGAAAGAAGAAAAGAAGGUUCUUAUAUUAACAAGUCGUUGUUGGCCUUAUCUAAUGUUAUCAACAGGUUAUCUUCCUCCUCCUUGGAACAUGUUCCCUAUAGAGAUUCGAAAUUGACGAGAUUAUUACAACCAGCAUUAAGUGGAUCUUCUUUAGUGCUGAUUCUUUGUACGAUACACAUGGGAUCCGUCACAAACAAUCAACUGCAGUUUGCUGCGGAAACUUACAAAACCUUGAGAUUUGCAGCUAGAGCCAAGAACAUAGUGAUAAACGUCGACAGAAACAAAUCCACCAUGCUUUCCAACGGUGAAACAGCCAAGUUAAUUCAAGAUUUGAAUAUGAUUAUCGCGAGACAGAAAGGUGAAAUUGAUAUAUUGAAGAAUGCACAAGCCAAUGGCAUAUCGUACGCAGGUGACGAUUCAAGAAUUCUUGAAUUAGAAGCCGAGAAUAAGAUCUUGCUUGAAAGAAUUGACCAUUUUACAAGAUUGACUGACUUGCAAAGAACAGAAACGGUGAUUGUAAAAAACGAUGUGUUGAAUGAUAUAUUGGGUUCCGGAAUUGACCAACUGCAGCUUAUAAUGGGUAACAUUGAAGAAUUUUACAAACGAACUCAAUAUGAAAUCAAUGAAUACAAAGUAUACAUAAGCCAAUUGGAAGACAAGCUCAAGAUGGCUUAUCAAUCUCCCCAGCAAUAUACGGAUCCAUACAGUGUCAACAGCCUCGCCGAUAGUGAAACUCUGCAAUUGUUGAAAGAUCAAGAAGAAGAAAUCUACCAAUUGAAAGAGCAAUUAAAGGAUAAAGACCAGAUCAUUAAAGGAUUAUCCAAAACUUCAAGAUUGCGCCGAUUAGUAGAAUCUUCUAAUACUUCAAACAUCACCAAGGAAUCAGACUUUAUCAGGCAGUCAACUCCAGGAACUGUGGACAAGGAAAAUGAACCCGAAUUACGGGCAUUCAAAAUAAGUCCCAAAAAAACCAGACAACUGCGGGAUUUGCCUCUUGGUGAAAGUCCCAGAUUUGAAUUCUAG